AUGCUUGACCGGAUACAUGAGGCGCACCUUGGUAUGGUCAAAUGUAAGGCACGCGCGAGGGAAGUACUAUUUUGGCCAGGAAUGAGUACUGACAUAGAAGAGAAGGUUGCCACAUGCAACAUUUGUGCUAGAUACACAAACAUCAACGCAAAGGAACCAUUUAUACCCCACGACAUACCAAACCGACCAUGGGCUAAAGUGGCAAUGGAUCUAUUUGAACUUAAGGGUCAACAUUACCUGCUUAGCGUAGACUAUCUUUCAAAGUGGCCUGAGAUCUCAAAAUUACAAGGACUGACAAGCAGCUCUGUUAUUAACCAUGUUAAGUGCCAGUUUUCCAAAUAUGGAAUUCCAGACCAAGUCAUAAGUGACAACGGACCACAGCUUGCGAGUCGGGAAUUUGCCAAAUUCUCAAAAGACUACGGUUUUCAACACACUACCACGAGUCCACAUUACCCCUCAUCAAAUGGUCAAGUGAAAAGAAUGGCACAGACAUAA